GCAGUCCGCUGGAUAAUUCCGGAUUCCGCGCCCAGCGCUCGUGCUUGUAAAUUACUAGAUCGGUAAAUACUACACUACGCUCCACCUGUACCCGGGUACUAGGUGGAGCGUAGUGUAGCUGUAGCAAUGAAGUGGAGUGAGUGGAGCCUGCACGAACUUCGCCCGAGGUAGUCUAGUCUACAGUACAUGUUCUUCUGUGAUGUUGACUUAAACUAAGUAAAGCUAGAAUAGCUGUUUAGAGCCAGACAGGACGAGCUAGUAGGACGCACGAGUGAGAUGAUUAUAUUGUUGACAUCCUGCCCUGAUCUUCAAAUUGGCCACAUCGGAUGAAUGUGCUGGUAGUACAGCAUGUAUGGAGACCAGUCAGCAUUCCUCUACACUUGAAGGAUCUGAAUGGAAGGAUAAGGAGUGUCAGAAGUAAGAGCAUCAUGGCAAGUCUGAGGUGGGCAUUUAAGUGCAGUUCUUGGCAGCCUGAUCAGUCCCAGUGGUUGCUUGCCUCAUCUAGCAUCCAACCCGAGGAAAAACACAGAAUUGGUCAGUUCGUCUUCACAAAAGAUGCCAAAUCUUCCAUGGCAGGGAGACUGCUGGCCCGGAAAGCAAUUCAUGAAUGUUUGAAGAUAUCCUGGGCCGAUAUUGACCUCGUCAGAACAGACAGAGGAAAGCCGUACCUUAAGAACAUGGAUGAUAUCGACAAGACAAUCUACCCGAACUUUAACUUCAAUACCUCUCAUCAUGGUGACUUUGCCGUCUUGGCAACGGAGCCCGCCCUCACUUGUGGAGUGGAUGUCAUGAAGGUUGUCCGGCCCAAUCAGAAAAUUGAGGACUUCUUUCGUACCAUGAAGAAGCAGUUCACCCCUCAUGAAUGGAAGACCAUCAUGUCUGCCGAGACGCAGUAUCAACAACUUCAUAGGUUCUACAGAUACUGGUGUCUGAAGGAAAGCUACAUCAAAGCUCUUGGCAUCGGCCUCGGCUUUGACCUCCAGCGAGCAGAGUUCAGACUGCACACCCUGGAGCUAUCUACCUCAUCCAUUGCCAUGGAUACAGAGCUUUACCUUCGUGACAGGCUGGACAAGAACUGGGUCUUCCAGGAGAUGCUUCUGGAUGAGGAUCAUUAUGUGGCUGUAGCAGUACAGCUUGGACCUGAUAGGAGCAUGCCUUGCUGCCCGUCAUUCACCACCCUCUCGCCAGAGCAGCUACUCUCCACUGCACAACCCAUGCACCCAGAAGAUAUGGAUUACUGGACAUCGUUUGCUUCUAAGCAAGAAGCUCCUAACCUUCCUCGAAGAAAACCAUUAGAUAAGGACUAGCUUCAUGUUAUUCAUCCCUGUAAAGUACCUUCCAAACAUCUAAAGGCCACCGCACACCUUACGACCCGACUGGUCUACAACUG